AUGGCAUCUUUGCUCGUUCUUGUGUUGCCAUGGCUAAGGAUGCACGUACAAGCUUCAAAAUUAUUGAUGAUGAUGGUUGUCCAACUGAUCCUACAAUCUUCCCUGGCUUCACUGCUGAUGGUAAUGCUCUACAAUCGACAUAUGAAGCUUUCCGUUUCACUGAAAGUUACGGUGUUAUCUUCCAAUGUAAUGUUAAAUACUGUUUGGGACCAUGUGAACCAGCGGUAUGUGAAUGGAAUAUGGAAUCAUUUGAAUCUUUGGGCAGAAGACGUCGUCGUUCAAUUGAGGGUAAUGAAACUAAAGAAGCUGAUGAGGAUAUGAACAUUUCACAAGAAAUACUUGUGCUGGACUUUGGUGAUGAGAAACGUGAGUUCUUUAAGGCUGAUCCAAGCACAGAUUUUGCUAAAGAUAAGACUGUCACUAUCAUUGAGCCUUGCCCCACCAAAACAUCAGUAUUGGCACUCGCUGUUACCUGUGCGCUCAUGAUCUUAUUGUAUAUCUCAACGUUGUUCUGCUACUACAUGAAGAAAUGGAUGCAACCACACAAAAUUGUAGCAUAAACUGAGGCGCAGAGAAACUACCGAGAAAAAUUAUUAGACACUUACGAGUACUUCAAAUUUUCCUACUAAAGAACUAACAAAAAUGCUUAAUAUUUCGAAAUAAUUUGCGUAGCAAAUGAAGUUCGAUAAGAAAACGCAAUAAUUAAUAUUUUAAGGAUUAAUUAAAGUUAAAAAUUAAAUAGUUGCUAAGUUUAAAGAAUAUAAUAUCUAGUUUAGGGCUGUUUUUAAAAUGUUAACUGAAAUGUUGCGGCAAAAGUGCGCGAAAAACAAUUUUCGUGCAAUUUUAGAGUCAACAAAGUAAAUAUACAUUUUAAAGACAAUAAAAUUAAUAAAUAAUUUAUUUAAAUCGA